GACAUGUGGAAAAUGGCUUCGCAGCCAAAACAUGCUCUGACUUUAGAAAUUUUAGCAAAAUGCUCGAAAUCGAAAGCCCGAGCUUGUGCGAUGUCGUUACCACAUGCAGUUGUGGACACACCCGUCUUUAUGCCUGUAGGAACUCAAGGCACAUUAAAAGGAUUAGUACCAGAUCAGCUGAGAGAACUGAACUGUAAAAUCAUGCUGGGCAACACCUACCAUCUUGGACACAGACCGGGCCCUGAGCUUUUGGAGAAGGCAGGUGGACUUCAUAAUUUCAUGAAAUGGGACAGAGCCUUAUUAACGGAUAGUGGAGGCUUCCAAAUGGUUUCACUGCUGGAGUUAGCUGAAAUCACAGAAGAGGGCGUCAGAUUUAAGUCUCCACAUGAUGGCUCUAUGAUGCUUCUUACCCCAGAAAAAUCAAUUGAAAUUCAAAAUUCUAUUGGUGCAGAUAUAAUCAUGCAACUUGAUGAUGUUGUCCAUUCCUCUGUCAGUGGCCCGCGUUUAACUGAAGCCAUGCACAGAACCAUCCGUUGGCUGGACAGAUGUAUCAAAGCCCACAAGAGGCCCAGUGAACAGUGCCUGUUUCCCAUUGUUCAGGGUGGCCUUGACGCAGAGCUGAGAACAAAAUGUGCUGCAGAGUUGAUCAAGCGUGACGUCGGAGGUUAUGCCAUUGGUGGACUGAGCGGUGGAGAAGAAAAGGCUGAGUUUUGGCGGAUGGUGAAAAUAUCUACAGAUCUCUUGCCAGACAACAAGCCUCGUUACCUCAUGGGUGUAGGAUUUGCUGUUGACCUGGUUGUGUGUGUGGCUUUGGGAUGUGACAUGUUUGAUUGUGUGUUCCCCACACGCACUGCGCGAUUUGGCUGUGCUUUGGUGAAAACUGGACAGCUGAACUUAAAACACAAAAUGUUUGCGAAAGAUUUUGAGCCCAUCGACAGAGAGUGUUCCUGCUCUACUUGCAGGACGUACACACGUGCAUUUUUACACACGCUGGCAAACACGGAGCCUGCGGCGUGUAACAUUUUAACUGUCCAUAAUGUGGCAUAUCAGCUUCAUCUAAUGAGCUCCAUGCGACAGAGCAUCAUAGAGGACAGAUUUCCAGAGUUUGUGAAACAGUUUUUUGAAGACAUGUUCCCCAAUAAAGAUUAUCCACCAUGGGCCAUGGAUGCUUUAUCCAGUGUCAACAUCCAUCUGAGAUAACACUGUUGAACUUAGCCCUCCAAUGGUCUGAUUUUAAGUGUAAAUAGUUUUACUCUACUAUAUAAUGUAAGAUUCUU